AUGGCCUCCAGUUAUGAUUUCACCCCAUUUCUUGAAGCGAAAGCCGUAGAAGACGCCCAGAGGGCUUUCGGCAGACCGCAAAUCAUCCCGAUACCCGCCACUAACACCGUAUCGCCAUUAGCUCCAGACAUAUCUCCAAACACAGUCAGAGAUUUGAAGGAGUUCCUGCUCGGUAGUAGCUCCGGGACGGGUCCCAAAGGACAGAAACAUGGCAGGGAACUGUGGAAGGCUUGGAAGAGGGCGUGGGACCUCUGGAAUAACCACUAUAUCGAGGGGCGUGAGUCGCCGGUCUGGAUCAGGGCGGAGUAUGAGAGGAUCAAGAAGGAAAUGGUGGAUGCGCAAGAUGAGAGAAGACGAAAGGCAUUUCUGCGUCGACGUCGACCUGGCAGCAGGCCUCGAGCGAGGCGUAAGCUCGGCAAUAUCGUAUGGGCAAAGGAUCGGCCUGCUCCUACCACUCAUGGAAAGAUAUUUAUGAAGACCGGCAAAAGCAAGAUUGAGAUUGCGAAAGAGAUGCUCAAACGGCCGAACCCAGGUCGAGAGAUCAGAGACCUGAAAAAGGGGGAAGAAGCUCCAGUCUAUGGUACACAGGCAGUUCCCAUGCAGAUAGUCGAGAUGGAGCGGAUUGUGCGCAAGGACGGCGCCCCAGUCAGUGGUUGGGCUCGAGUUACGAGCGACCGGAAAAGCAACAAAGCUCUGCAACGAAAAGAUGAGACAGCAGAGCUCGAGUCAACCCAUACAGAGGUUGAGAGGACGUACAUGGCACGCCAGGUCAUGCAGUUCACAAACCCCGAUAUUACUGGAGAUCAGUACGACAAAACAGUAGGCGAAUUCAAGCUGUUGACGUACGAUGAAUCGAUCAGAAUCAGAGUCGACGGAAAACAACAACCCACGAAAAACGAGGAAAUGGCUCCCAACGACAAGGUGCAGCGACCGCAGCUAUGGGUUCCAGUGAUGGAGCCGAGCUUCUUGGACAAGACCAUCAUUUUGGACAAGGAUGAUAGGGUUUCUCUACUCACGUUUAGAGAUGAGGAAAUAGAUGUGCUCGAGAAGCAAUAUGAGUGGAAAGAAGUGGACCGAGAAGGCCAUCUCAAUAUUGAUUUUGAUGGCGAUCAAAUGAUGACAGAUGACCUUGUUGACGAUGUCUAUCCAUCCAGUUCGGAUGAAGACGACAGAGAGCCAGUAAUCAGCAUACCUCUUCCGCAUAGAGUCAUCUAUGGAAAUAACGAGAGCGGGGGCUUCCAACCUAUGAAAGAUCUCCCGGAAUACGCUCCCCCUAUCCCAACCGACGACGGCGACGACGACGAGUGGAUAGACGCUAUCGACAACACUGUAUGGCGUCCACGCUGGACAGGUGAAAAGAGAGUGAAAAUUGAUAUCGACGAGUUCUUUGAUGACUCUGUCGAUACAGCUCUCGAAACCGAUGGAGGUGUUGACUGUGGACGAAGCCCAUAUCCGGUUUUGAGGUCCGUCACAAAAUACAUCCAGCAGAGGACUCCGCAAGGGGAAGUCCAAUACUUCCGCAAGAAGAAAACAUGGGACGGAGUCACUGGAACUAUCUUCAACAUGCCCAAUAAGCCCAUUGAAAAUGAUAACACGGAAGAUGAGAGACUCGAAGCCAUCAAAGGGAUUUACGCCGAUGAGCUUCGUGAUGGGCGUAGCAAUUACCAAGGAAACAAGUCCGACAUCUUCCCAUUAGACAUCCGUCGCAUAAGACGUUGCAAGGCACCGGAGCCGACCAUUCCACUACUGGACGGACAAGAGCAAGUUUUCGAACUGCCAUGGCUGAAUGCCCCCGAGAGCUCUGAUACAUUGGACGAGUAUGAUCCAUGGCGGGUCACGCCCGAGCAAAAGCGUCUCCGAGAUAACCCACUCAGAAAAUAUCCGCCUAAGGAGUGUUGUGAGCCAACCAAGGAGGACGACCUAAUCUUGCCUGUCGAGGAGGAUAUAUGGGAGGAGGAUUUGAAAGCUGAUGAUUAUGGAUACUACAAGUACUUCGUCACCAAUCUCCAUGGCGGCACUCUCAUUAUCAACGGCAUACAGGUUCCGAAAGGACAUAUUGCUGGCCCCCUCCCUGCUUUUGCAGUUAUCGAGACUCCAGGUGCCCAAUUUUCCUUUUGGUGGGGCUCAAAUGGCAGGAGUAACGGUCGUGCGGCUACUGUUGACCACAAUCUUCAUUCGAAGUGGGAGACAUUCAGACAAAGACACUCGGCGGACGGUGAUGACAUGAAAUACAUUGGACUUCUUGCCGGGCAGGUUUGGGACUACAAGAUUCGAAACUGGGUGAAGGGAGAAUUGGAAGGCGAGACAUAUAAAGAGGGCCCGAUCUGGGACGCAUACAAGAAGGCUGUACCAGCUGUUGAACGACCCCAUGAAGCUCCAUAUAAAGUUGAGGAGACCGCUAUCGUAUUGAAGAAAGACGAAAAGGGUAUUCCUGUGCUCACAGACAUCAAGCAACCUGAGUGUUUUGAGUCCGCAAUUGAAGAAGUGAAGUGGCUGCGAACCAAGGCAAUACCUCUGCUCGAGAGUAUUGCACAGGCAACCAAUAAUCCCUUUGUCGUGCCUACUGGUGACGACUUCUGGAUGUCAGAACUCUCGGCUACAGAAGAUCAAGAUCCAUCACCUGAAAUUACUCUUCAGAACAAUCACUGGUCGAGCUGGAUCGACAACGAGCGAAGAAUGAUCCAUCAACAAGAAGUCGCCAUUCACAGGGCAAAUGACGCCAGAGAUCAGCGAGAUAUUGUUCAGUACAAUGAAGAAGUCGCACUAGGAGCAAAAAGGAAGGCCGCGGCUGAUCUUGAUACACCAUACCCUAAGCGAACUUUCCAAAGCCUUCAACAGCAAGCAGCAGCUCUCCGAAGGGCGCAGUUUGAUGCAGCAGCGGCUGAGAUAACCAAGGAGCAGAAGGCGAAAGAUGACAUGACUCUACGACUCAAAAUUCUCGAAUUUGAUGCAGAUGUCCAGCGCAGGAUAAGGGCAGCUAAGGCACAUGAUCAAGCUGACAUUGACGAUAUCGUUGAGAAAUACUGUGCUGAACAAGAAGCCCGAGCAACCCGGCUCAUUAAUCAAUUAAAGAAGAUCAACAGCACUCUGUCGGUUCCGAAAGCAAAUGAAGUCAGAGAUAUAUACGCUGCUUGGAAGGCCAAGGACAAGCCCAACAAUCGGGAUAACGUACGCCGCGAAACCCAGCCUGAUCCUGAAUGGAGAAAUGCUCAAACGCUCUCUGAAGAACUGAAACGAAAACAAGAAGAGGCGAGGAAGAUCGCAGAUGCCACUCAGAAACAAGCAGAUAAGGCAGCAGCAGAUGCGAGGAAAGCCGACAAGGAUGGACGAGAGAAGAUGCAGAAGGAUCUGGAACUGCAAAAAAGACAUGAGCACGCUGAGCUGAGGAGACAGCAGAAGAAGAGAGACGACGCCGAAAGGAAGCGCUUGGAUGAUCUACAGGGCCAAAUUCAGCAGAACAUUGCGGCAGCGGCAGCGGCAGCAACAGAGAGACGAAGACAAGACGACGUGCAACAGCAACGGCAGCAACAGCAGCAACGGCAGCAACAGCAACAACUGCAACAACGGCAGCAACAGCAACAACGACAGCAACAGCAACAACGGCAGCAACAGCAACAACGGCAGCAACAGCAACAACGGCAACAACAGCAACUUCCACCUCCUCCACCACCUCCUCCUGCACCAGCCUUGACUGCAGAACAGCGGCAAGCAGCUAUGGAUGCUGCCAACUUACGUAGAGUGCAAUCGGAAUUGGACCCUCCACCGAACUUCACCCGGGAGUCUAUUCAAGCCUUCAUGGGUGGGCUCUUGACCAGGGACGAAUUGGAAACUGCCUACCUUGCCAAUGUCAGUGAGUGGAUGACUGAAGUCCCUAAGGUCAAGGCAAACCUCGAAAGCCGCGCCUCUGCAGCAGGGCAGAACACUUGGCAGUAUCUGGUGGCACAAGGCUACAGUUCACGAGCUAAGUGGAUCUCUGAUUCGAUAGCCGGUACGAUGAAACGUUUAGGUGGGGAUAGCGGCCAUACGAUUGCACCAGCUCCUCCGCCAGAUCCCGCAGGAACGGAGGACAAAGCUGCGCCCGCUCUCGAACGGAAGAAAGGAGCCCCCAUCGACAGACCUGUUUCUACCAACCCAGCCAUCAACGCCAAAGUGACCGAGGACUUGCGAAUUAUACGAGCAGAGCUCCGCCAGGCUGUGUGGGCGGCUCUCGUCGCCCAUACCGUGGUCGAGGGGCGAGCGGCGCUGGACAUCGUGCAGGCCAAAGGCUACGCCAGUGUCGAUGGCUACAUGUACAACAAUUCCGUCUGGGCCGUCACGCCCGGUGACAUUCCAUUAGACGAUAUUGGUGUCGCACAGGCUCUUCCGGCGCUGCUUCCCGCCUCUGCGGGUGCUACCGCCAGAUCCCGGAACGUUGCACAAAGAACGCAAGCCGUGAACUUCAACGCCGAACUCCGGAGGCAAAGAGGUCUCCAGCAAGAUAAAAGGGUGGCCUUGGGCCUGAAAAUCUACAACGCGAACGAGUAUGAGAUUCAGGCCCAGGCCUUGGAGGCCCAGCGGCCGGCUGCUGUUGAUAUCACCCAAACCAUAGUGGGACGCCCGAAAGGUCGGUUUGCGGAUGUUUGA